AUAAAAUUCAUUUUACCGUGGUUUUCCUCAUUUUUUUCCGGAGGAAAAGGAAAGCAGAUGAAGCAUCCGAAACUCCUACAGUGUCGAUAAGAGCGACCUUGAUUAUAUAAGCUGUUAAGAUGUUGGUAACAACAACGAAUUUAUACUUUUGAGAUUGUAUUUAAAAAUUUGAUAUUAAACGUUUUAAUAAAAACAUUGUGCGAAAUGAAUACAUUAUCGACAAUUUUAUUUGCAUUCGUGUGUGUACAGAUUGGAUUAAUAUCAGGUUACAACAUGAAAACAGGAGGACUAGGAAUGUUUCAACCGAUAUACCAAGCUCUCAACAACAACCUUCACUACCCAAUGCCGUUGAACUUCCCAUAUCCAUACAACGCGCACUCCGCUCUCGGAUAUGGCGCUAUGAAACCAUUUGGGAUUCAGUCUCUGUUUGGCGGCGCGUAUCCAGGUUACCUGGCACCACCUCCGUACCAGCCGUACGACCCCCACCAGCAAGUCGUCACCAAAUCAGUCAUCUACUCAACGCUCUUAAGCGAAAUUCUCCGAAGACUCACCUAAAUAUGAACACGUUUGAACAAAUGACAUACAUUUGGAAUAUAUUUGAAUUACGAUGUUUGUGAAAAUAAUGAAUCAGCAGCAGUAAAUAAAUGAAGUGCAGGUUCUUUUCUUUCUACAUACCUGCAAAAAACCUUUCAUCAACAACAAUCAACAUAUUAUUAAA